AUGUUGCAUACAGUUUAUGCGAAUAUAUUGUGAUUCUAUGAAACGGCUUUAGUGAAGUCUAAUACUGUUUCCGAUUCGCCGCCGCUGGAAUAUCAUCGGCGCACAUCACAGAAAGUACAGAGGCACAGUCAUCGCGCAAAUUGCGAUAUUUGGGGAACUACCCUCAAUACAACAACAACUGACGGGUACCGCAGCCCGUUGAUCAUACAAGAAUACUUGGAGACAUCGUAUUCUCAACCUUGGGCAUGGAUAAUAACAUUGUUUAGAAGAAAGGAUAAAGCAGUUUAGAUAUAACCGGAUUGCAUGACAGAGAAGCUUAUAAAUCAACCAGGUCCUAAUUUUAAAGACUGUACCAACAUGGCUUCUGUUAAUGGGCAUGCUGAGCCAUAUAUGAAUGGACAUGCUAAUGGUGUCGCCGAAGAAAAAACUCGGGUUAUACUAUGGACGGUGCCGCGUUCUAUUUCCACUGCAUUCGAACGUUGUAUGGGCGGCCUAGAUAAUGUUGAACUUAUACACGAGCCGUACGUAACAGCGUAUUAUUUCGGUCCAGAGAAACGUUACCAUCACGCGCCAUUUAUGCCUACGGAUGAGGGUUACUCCUAUAGUGACGUCAAGAAAAAACUAGAAGCAGACUUCGAAGACCGAGAUGUAGUCUUUUGUAAAGAUAUGGCCUACGCAUUGGACGACAAAUUUGAAAUGUUACCGAAGGGGUAUAAGCACACUUUCUUGAUACGAGACCCAGUUAAAGCGCACGCGUCCAUGCAUAAACUUUGUACUAAGCCGUGGCUGCUGAAUUACAGCCUAAUAGAUUUAGUAAUGCCACAGGGAUACGCAUUCAAACAACUCUGGGAUCUGUACGAACAUGUUACAGAGGUGUUGAAGGAGGACACUGUGGUAAUCGAUGCGGACGAUCUCCUCUGCUAUCCAGAGCAAGUUAUACGUCGCUACUGCACAGCAACCGGCUUACAAUUCAACAACGGAAUGCUGGAAUGGAAAUCAAACGUAGACAUAACACAGAACUGGUCUAGUAGUCUAAAGCUGUUAAACUAUGUAGGUGUGUACGAAAGCGCAAUGAAAAGUAACUCUUUCUUCAAACACACACCGUGUGCCAAACGUAAAAAAGAUACCGACGUAUCAUCCCUUCCAGAGGACGUACAAAAGGCUAUUGAAAUAUCUCAACCGUUCUAUGAUAAAUUAUACAGAGUACGAAUAAUUCCAGAGGAUUUAGAGACAGAAGUAUAAGAUGGAUGCCGUAUUAGAUCAUUUACAACUCCCCACAUUUUAAUUAUAAUAUAUUUAUCUUAACACUUAGCCUAUAGGCAUAGUUGUAUAAUGUAGUUUAAGUUAAGAUGGAUCAGUGAUUCAUUGAUUAAAGUGGAUAUCUUCCCUGUUCCCAUUGUAUCGCUUAUGAAGGCACAGCUACGAAUUCGAAUAUGUUCGAAUGCACCAUGACACGCUUAUGACGACAUAAUUCAUUUGUCUCCCGUAUGACCCGAUAAUAUUCUAUUGUUUUUAAAACAAUUACAGUUGUACUUUUUGGGUUUGUAAAACUGGUAAGUCUUCUCAGUGUUAUUUAAAAAUCAACCAAACCCCAGACUAAAUAUCACCAUUUCGAAUAAAAUAAAAAUUUAAAAAACAAAAUAAUCGAGGAAAUGAGUCAAUUAAUCUCAUUAUAUAGGCCUGUAUGGUUUGAUUCCAAAUUAAAGCAACUCAGACACGUUGACAAAAAAGAACAAAAAAAAAAAACCGCAGACAACGCUAAUAGUAGCGUUGUUUUACGCUUUUGUCUAUGGGUCUAACAUUGGCUCAAGUGACACAAUCCUACACACAACUCACAAACUUCAGCAAUUAAUGAUCGAAGAAAUGUUUGAUUCUCAGUGUGGAUGUAUGUAUGUGGAUGUAUAUAAUAUCAAUAGUCGCACAGGGAAUGCUAAAUAUGAAUUAUCGUAAAACUCCUUAAAAUCGAACAAUAUUAUCGAUGUAAAAAGUGUAAUGAUGAAUUCUGGUGUACGAACAACUUUGCAAAAUUAAACAAUGACAGUAAACGAUCAAAUUCAUCGUCAGUUUCUCAUGCAGAAUUUCGUAUAUAAAACCAAACGGGCGUAGGCCUACUCGUAAAGUAAUAUAUACAUACCACCGCGCAAUAUUGAACAAUUUGGCAACUCCUUGUAUAUCUGCAAUUUAAAUUAGUUGUAGCCUAGUAUUUAUUAAAGGUAAAACUCUACCUAUGAAUGCACAAUUUGAAAUCUGCUAAUACCGAAAGGAAAUCAAUGCAAUCAAAAGAAGUUACAAUUUAGUUGUACAAUCAUUUUACGAAAGUUAUUUAUAUAAGGCAAAUAUUAUGGGCAUUCAAAAUAAUAUUUUAAAUAAACAAUAACAAAUAGUGGAGCAGUAGCCCACAGUGAAGUAUUACCACAAAUGUGUUUUAGAGAACUGUGGGCCUAUAUACAAGGACGUCUAAUGUACACACAAUGCAAGUAAAAACAAGACCGAUUUACGAAAAAAAUUGGCAAAGCAUUUGCUUGAUACUAGUUCUGUAAAUAUAUUAACAGUAUAUAGAUUGCUACCUUGUUUCAUAAGUGUUCUUCAAAAUAGUUGUUAAUUGUAGUUUAUAAGGAAUGAGAGAAACCCGCUAGGGGAUGUUGCUUAUUAGCGGGAUCUAAGGGUGUAACAAGCUUGGGUGCUGGUGUGGGAUUACUUUUUUCAGAGAGUAAAACGGGAUGGGCGGGGGUUAUUUCCCCUAUGGGAAACCGAGCUGGCGUGAGGCUAGGGAUGAAUAUACUUAACAGUAAAACCAAAGGGAAGAUACAUGAUUCUUUAUUUCAUGAUUCAUUUGUUCAAAUAAUUAUUUUAUACUAUUUUAAGGUGUAUUUAGCUUGUAUGAUGAUGGUCAGACAUGAUUUUUGCAAUACAGUUUCAGUAGGAUCAGUUACUGAGUCUUAUUAAGCAAUUAGAAAGAUCGGGAAUGCGAGAUUAUUCAAGAAGAUUAAAUUAUUUGUUAUUCAGUAUAAAACAUUAGGUAUUAUAAAAGCUAUUUAACUCUAGAUGAUUUGCAUAUAAUUACGUUAAGUAGACUUUUGUAAACUGUUCAGCAAUACUUAUUUAUCAUAUUUUUUAAUCAAUGUAAUCAGUCUAAUUUUAUGAUAUGAACAAGAAAUAAUAUAUUUUUUUUGCCUUUGAUGGAGAAUGAAGAGAUUUAGUGUGGACACGGGGCCGUUAUGUCGUUCUAUAGAGGACCUUCUUUACAGAGGGCCGAUACCUAAUACACUCUCUCUUGGAGGGCUGUUAAAUGCGAUAAUUCGAUGUUUGCUUGCUCAGUGAAAUCGAUGAAAGUAAAUCAUAUGAAUUAAAUGAUAGCCACGAA